GAGGGGAGAACACGUUUUGGGGGCAUCGGGAGCUCGGGGCCUCCCUCACCUCAGAGAGCGACCCGGCCCCUGUGGUCUCCCCGGGUGGAGUGGAAGCCUCUGCAGCCCCCCCCCCUCCCCCGCACCUGGUACACAGCAGGCGCUUAAUAAAUGCCUAUGGGUGGUUGGUUUCUCCUUUGAGUGGCCUCCGGUUGGGCAGCAGGACAGCAGUUUGCCCGGCUCGCGUCAGGGGCCGGAGGUGAUCCAGGGUGAGGGGGAACAUUCCGGGGCGGACAAGGCAAGGAGAGAGGACAUUGGGGGGAUAGGGAGACCGGAGGCUGCGGGGAGGCGGCAGGAUCCUACCUGGGGGCUGCUGUCCCGGGCUUUUCUGUGGGAGCCCCAGACUCCGGCCCCAGCUGAGGUUCUGCUUCGGGUGCCGCUUCCCCCUCGCCAGCCGUGGUCUCUGGGCCCAGGGAGCCAGUGCUUGGAUCUUCCUGCUCCGAGGGGGGCAGAGGCUGGGGUCUGUGUGCUUUGCAACGUGCCACCUGCAGGAGCCUUACUCGUGAUGGGGUUCCCACUGGACCACUUGAAUGCCCCGUGGCUCCAGUGUCUUAGGUUUAAACUCCUUUAUUGCAAGAGGAAUGUUGUAUAUGGGGCGGCCACGCUGCCCUUCUGAGUCAGCUCAGGCUCCAUCUUACUAAAAACUGUCAGAUCCGUGGUCCUGAAGCGGAUCAGGGAGAACUGGGCAGCAAACGCCUAUUAUGCGCCUUCUGUGUGCCAGGCACCGUGCUAGAUAAGAGCCUUUGCUCUUGGGGGUAAUUGGGGAGACAACUCGCAAACACCGAUGUGCAAACCACGUACAUAGGAUGAACUGAGGAGAGUCUAGAGUGGGGUAGGUAUGUCGUUGGGAGGGGCAAGUGUCCAGAUUUCCAGAAAGGGAAGAUGGGAUUUGUAAAUGAUAGGAUGAGGAUACUGAAUUAGAUUCACAGCACAUGACGGAUUCCCAGAUUUUAGCCGGGCAUUUGACACAAUCUCAUUCUUCUUGUAAUAGAGAGAGGGGUGGGCAGUAGAGGGAUGAGGCAAGGUGGGUGUAACCAGGGCCAGUGACUUCCCAACUUUGGUUUGUGGUUCUGCCCCAGGAAGCAGCUGAAACUGGUUUUUGGUUUUUUCUCCUUUGUACCCUAGUGUCCAGCACAGGGUCUAGCACAUAAUAAGUCCUAAAUAAAUACUUGGCCUUGAUGGCUGCCUUUGUGCUGUUUAACAUUUAAUUGUUACUUGGAGGGAGGCAUGGAUGGCCUGUGACCCGAUCCUCAGGGGCAGAGAAGCUGAUUUCUGGCCCUGAGCUUUGUCUCCUGGGAGCUGCUCUGUCCAUGGUCCUGAAUGUGGAACUUCAGCAGCUUCACUUUUGAGCACACUGCUUCCCCACAAGUGGACAAAGAGAGGAAGGAAUAGCUCCUGCACUCCUGGCUACCGGGUUCAAGUUUGCCCUUCUUCAGAGCCCGCUUUCCCCAGGACAGAAGCACAGAGGAAGGAUGACUUCUGGGCUUCUGGCAGCCAGGCCCCAGCCUCCGGUGACCUUCCGGGACGUGGCCGUGGACUUCUCGUGGCAGGAGUGGAGGCACCUGAGCCCGGCCCAGAGGGCCCUGCACAGGGACGUGAUGCUGGAGAACUACCAGAACCUGGUGUCUGUGGGAUCUGGGCUCGUAGUAUCCAAACCUGAGGUGAUCUCCCUGUUGGAGAGAGGAGCAGCUCCGUAUAAGCCUGAGGGGAAAGUCCUAAAAGGCACCUGCCCAGACUUCGGUAAAUGUCAAAGAACAUGUGACAGAGAGAUGGUGUAUGAUUGCAAUGAAUGUGGAAAAACCUUUAUCAAAAAGUCAACACUUAUUGAGCAUCAGAGAAUUCACCCUGGAGCCAAACCCUACGAAUGUACUUCAUGUGGAAAAGCCUUCACUUGGUGGCAACAUUUUCUGGAACAUCAGAGGAUUCAUACUGGAGAGAAACCAUUUGAAUGUGAUGACUGUGGGAAAACUUUCAGUCGGAGGGGGACCCUUCUUAGCCAUCAGAGUAACCACACUGGAGUCAAACCCUUUGAGUGUCAAGAGUGUGGAAAAGCCUUCAGUCAGAAGGGGCUGCUUGCUAACCACCAGAGAACUCAUACAGGAGUGAAACCCUUUGAGUGUCAAGAGUGUGGGAAAGCCUUUUGUCAGAAGGGAAACCUGAUGAGCCAUCAAAGAACUCAUACUGGGGUGAAACCCUUUGAAUGCAGAGAGUGUGGGAAAGCCUUCAGUGAGAGGGGCACGCUUAUUAGACACCAGAGAAUUCAUUCUGGAGUGAAGCCCUUUGAAUGUGAUGACUGUGGGAAAGCCUUCAGUGAAAAGGGCACCCUCAUGAGCCAUCAGAGAAUUCAUUCUGGAGUGAAACCCUAUGCAUGUAAUGAAUGUGGGAAAGCCUUCAGUCGCAGAGGAACCCUUGUUAGCCAUCAGAUGACUCAUAUUGGGGUGAAACCCUUUGAAUGUAAUGAAUGUGGGAAAGCCUUUGGCUGGAAAGGCCAUCUUAUUAAUCACCAGCGAAUUCAUACUGGAAUGCAGCCAUUUGAAUGUAGUGAAUGUGGGAAAGCCUUCAGUCAGAAGGGACUUCUGAUUAGCCACCAGAGAACCCAUACUGGAGCGAAGCCCUUUGAAUGUACUGAGUGUGGGAAAGCCUUCAGCCAGAAGGGAAACCUCAUUAGACAUCAGAGAACUCAUACUGGAGUGAAGCGCUUUCGGUGUCAUACAUGUGGGGAAAUCUUUGGUCAGAAGGGAAACUUGAUUAGACAUCAGAGAACUCAUGCUGGAGUGAAGCCCUUUGAGUGUCAUGAUUGGGGAAGCUAUUGCUUGAAAAAGAAAACUUCCUCAAUAGAAAAGAGUUUAUAAUCAAGAGAAAACUUUUGAAAAUAGUGUAUAGGGCUAAUAAUCUAAAUGCUCAGGCAACAAUAAAGAAUCACUAGUUUUAAAACAAUUUCCAUUGUUUAAAUUUUGAUAAAUAAAAAUAUUUAGUAAC